AUGUCACAAACUAUGGACAUUGAUCUCAUAAACGAAGCUAAUGCGUUAUCCAAGUCUGAGGAAAGCGAUAAUCCUGAAGUACCCGUGGCCCAGGAAAGUGAUCAAUCAGAAACACCCGUGCACACAUCUGCUAUGACGCCCACCGACGAAAAUGUAAUGGCCGAUGUCAGAGCUGACCAGGUGUCAAGUACGUCUGAAGUGGAGUCGGAAAAUGACUCGACAAAUUCAGUUGAAUAUAAAAAAGAUAGCAUUCGGAAGGAAAGGAAGACUCAGAAACUAACUUUCGAACAGGAUAACAAAGAUCUAAAUCAGAAUAAAGGACACUGCAAAACGUUUUCAGUUUCUGCUUGGUCAUUCGGAUCGAAACGACAUCGGAGGACGGAGAAAGAAGAGGACGAGGAAUUACUUAAAGAUGAGGCGGACGAGUCGGCGGAUGUUACUCGGGUUUUCAAUGAAUCACCGAAUUAUAUCAAGAAUGGUACUAUGCGAGAUUAUCAGCUUCAAGGGCUAAAUUGGAUGAUAUCACUUUUUGAAAAUGGGAUUAACGGGAUCUUAGCAGACGAAAUGGGCCUCGGUAAAACCUUGCAAACUAUUUCUUUUCUAGGCUAUCUUCGUUAUUUUCGUAACAUAUCUGGACCACAUCUCGUUGUCGCGCCUAAAUCAACAUUGAAUAAUUGGUCGAAAGAAUUUAAUAUGUGGAUGCCAGACUUUCGUAUAGUAGUCCUACUUGGGAACAAGGAAGAAAGGGCGCAGAUAAUCGCGGAUAAGUUAAUGCCUAAGGAUUUUCAA